AUGGAUAUUCCAUUGGAACUAAAAAUUUUGAAUAAUGAAAUGAUGAAAUUCAUCUUUAAACAUGAAAAGGAGGGUAAAAAAUGCACAUGUAAUCUUGAUCUCGACAUGGUCGUUAAGAUUUAUGGAGAUGAAGAACAGCAACAAAUAGAAAUAGAACAAGAGCUCGAAACAAUUGAACCAGGCCAAAUCUAUGUAUCUGGUCAAUGUAUCGGUUCAGGUUACUUUUCUCAGGUUUUCAUCGGUACCCACAAUAAUAUACAAGUUGCUUGUAAACGUUAUCCAAUGAAAGGUGACACAUUUUACAACGAAACUGCUAAUCUUAAACUAUUAGCCCCACAUCAAUCUUUCCCCACACUCCACGGCAUUCUCAAAUUAGGAAUAUUCUAUUAUAUUAUUAUGGAAUUGGUCAAUGGAAUCACCUUAGAAAAUUACUUGAAUACCAACCCCAACCCAGUCGAGUUAUUUUCUGUUCUCCGUAAAAUCGUUAAAGCCUUAGUAUACAUGCAUUCCAUAGGUGUAACCCACGCUAAUAUUUCAACUUCCAACAUUUUAGUAUAUCGUUUUGGAAACAAAUGCCGUAUCAAGUUUGUGGACUUUGCUUUCAGCCGUAAUAAUGAUCCACACGAAGAAAUCAAAUGUAAAGGUAAAAUUGAAUACAUUGCACCAGAACUACGUGAUAAAAGCCAAACUCGUGCAGAUCUAAAUGAAAAAACUGAUGUGUACUCUUUUUCUGUUGUUCUCAAAAAGAUACUUGCAAGUAAUAUUCUUCGGGAUAACUUUUUAAGAAUUGACUGGUUUAGCAUAUACUCAAAUUGCAGUGAUGCAUCCCAAUCAAAACGUCCAACUUUUGAAGAAAUUUUAAAGUGUCUCAGUUGA